AUGUUUCGAAUGUGGGAACGCCUAAAGAAACUCCGUCAUCUGCUUUACGACUGGAGUAGGGCGGGCACAACUAAGUCCCUGCAUAAUAUUAAGACGCUCCAGGCCGAGAUUGAUAGGAUAAAAUUGAUCCACCCGGUGGAUUGGGAUGAGGUCAAGAAUCUGGAGAUGGAGCUAUCCCGCCAGUGGGAAGCAGAGGAGAUGUUCUGGCAACAGAAAUCAAGGGUAAAAUGGUUAAAGAAAGGAGAUAAGAACUUUGCCUACUUCCAUACAGUCACAAGGGCUCGGCGAAAGAGGAACUUUGUUCCCGGACUUAGAAAUGAGGAAGAGGAAUGGGUCACUGAGGAGACCGGGAAGGCUACUAUUGCCACAAAUUUUUACCAGACCCUGUUUACUUCGGAAUCUCAGGUCCCUAAUAAGGUCGAGAGGGUGGCGAGCCUGCCGAUUGCCCAUAGUGUUACUCCGCAAAUGAAUGCGCAGUUGACGGCGGAGAUUUUGCCGACUGAGGUUAGGCAAACGGUCUUUGCCAUGGGAUCGAAGCAGGCUCCGGGGUCGGAUGGUUUCACAGGGAAGUUCUUUAAAGAUUUUUGGGAUAUUUGUGGGCACUUCGGUGGUUGA